GAGGGAGGGCUCACUUGACAGCCGUUCGACGAGAGAGGGCUGGCUUGACAACAUUGUCCUUUCUUUCGUUUCAGCAGAGUUAAGUUUCGAUUCUGGAAAAUAGAGAAACGUUUAGUCGAGUCCGCAUGACCGAGACGAAGAGAGACCUCUUUCACUUUGCGGUGAGGCGGAUGCUCUAUAAACCGAGGAGCUGCGCCACAGAUAAGGGUGGUGAGGGAAAGAAGAGUUCCAGUGACAUGCUGUGAGGCAAGUGGGGCAGAGCCUCACCUGUCAUAAUUCUGAUAAAAUACAAAAAGAGGAUUCAGUGCCUCACCAGCCAUUGACCCCACCGCACGUCACUGAAGGGUUCAUAUCUACAGAAGACAGGAAGAUCGUCAUGAGCAGUUCUUCUCAGACUCUCUCCAAACUGGAGGCCCUGGAGUGUCACUUCACCUGGGUCAAGGAUACCACCAGAUCACAGCUGUUGCACAGGAGGGUCCAGCUUGAGGACAUUGGGACAGAUGAGGGAAACUUUUGGUUGACUUCCAUUUACAACUUGUGGGGGUUUGUCCUCUACGAGCUCGGCUCUAGCAAAGAAGCCCAUAAGUACUUCAGAAAGGCCACAGAAACCUUACAGCGGCUGAGGAAGGAAGAUGAGGGUCCCUGGCUGAUGGUGAACUAUGGAAAUCUAGCCUGGCUGCACCAUCAUCUAGGAGAAGAGGCAGAGAGUCAAGAUUACUUGUCAAAGGUUGAAGCUCUCAAAAGUAAAUUCCCAUCUCCAUCCCAGGAUGAGCUCCACCCAGAGAUCUACGCUGAGAAAGCCUGGACUCUGAUGAAGUUUGGUAGAGAUAAUCAGCGUUUAGCUGCAGAUUACUUUCAGAGAUCCUUCAAGAUGCAGCCAGACAUGGUGCAGUGGCAGUCCAGCCGUGUGAUUGCACUGGCCAGUGCUGCUAAGCACAGUGACACAGGCCUAAGUGGUGACCUAAUGCAGGAAAUUAGAACAGCCCGAGAGCAGGAUCCAGAGAAUCUGUACGUGGCUGCUGUGGAGCUUAAGGAAAGAGGCAAAAAAGGAGAAUCAGUGAAAAAUGAGGCGGAGACGCUGGGUCAGAAGAUCCUUCUGCAGCCUGUCAGCAGCUACAGUGGCCUUAAACCCCUCCUGAGGCUGCACAGGGAGCUGGGCUCGCUGGAUAAGGCCAUCGUUCUGACAGAGGAGGCCUUGGAGAAGCAUCCUGAUGAGCGCUACCUGAAGAGAUGCGCUGCACUCUGCUACAAAUGGAAAGUCCUCAGGGGCAGGGGUAAUCAAGCAGACCAACGUACGAUUAAGAGAGCCAUAAAGCUGCAUGAGGAGGUCGUUGAUCUCUAUCCAGACUCGUCAUUGGUGAAGAAGAUUGACCUGGCAUAUGUUCAGGCAAAGUCGAGUCAUGGCCGCACAAUAGCAUACCAGAUGUUCCAAGACCUGCUCGCAAGGAGAGACCUGGAUUCUGAAGACAAACAGCUGCUAUACUACAACUAUGCCAGAUACCUCAACUUCGAGCGUCAGGACAGGAACAAGUCUGUUCGGUACUACAUGAAGUCAGCAGAAAUUCCAAACAGGAGUUUCUAUGGGAAACUAAGCGUCAAAAUGCUCCAGAAAAUAUGUGAGAGAGGAAGGAGCAGGAUGUGCCCAAAAAUCAGGGAGUUUCUGGAAAACCUGCCAGAUGAUGAUUCUGAAUGAGGUUUUACCAACAUAGGGUUCAUAUCUAAACCUCUGAAGAUGCUUUACCUUUUCAUUUAUGUGGGGGAUUAUAGGUAUUUCUAUUAUUUUAGUUACAUUUGGUUGAGAUGUAGAAAUGUAUCACACUGAAGAUGUAUAAAACAGGAAUUUAAAGUUUAUUCUAAGUGAAAUUCGUGUACCGUAAAUUUGCUGAAAUUUUGCGUUAUUUUUCCUUAAUAGCACAUUGACUCUAAGCUAACUUUUACCACACAUGAAGCAGAUGAUUAAAACUGGUUUUUAUCAUCUUAGAAAUCUGGCUAGGGUCAAUAUGGAGAUAUUAAUGCAUGAUUUUAUUGAUUAUUGUAGCAUUGGGUCAUCUCCGACUUUGUUGGCUGGUGUGAAAAUAACCACCUGCUGCUAAACACCAGCAAGAAGAAGGAGCUGGUCCUGGACUUCAGGAGGUCCUCUACACAACAGUCACCGGUGAACAUCCAGGGUUUAGACAUUGAGGUUGUUGACACUUUUAAAUACCUGGGUGUUCACCUGAACAACAGACUGGACUGUCCCAACAACACGGAUGCUCUGUACAGGUGGGGUCAGAGUCGCCUUCACCUGCUGAAGAGACUGAGGUCGUUUGGCGUGUGUAGAAAGCUGCUGAGGACCUUUUAUGACACUGUGGUGACCUCAGUGGUCCUUUAUGGAGUUGUGUGCUGGGCGGGGAGCAGUGCAGGCAGAGACUUGAAGAGGCUUAACAAACUGGUUAAGAAGGCCUCUGUCCUGGGCUGCACACUUGAGUCCAUUGAGGAGGUGGCAGUCAGGAGGAUGUUUGCUAAGCUAACAUCCUUCAUGGAUAACCCGUCCCACAUCUGACUGUCUAUGCAGCAUCACAGACAGAAAGGUUCCAAAUAUUAACAUUUAUAAAGACAAAUGUUUUCUGUGCUUAGCCUCUCUCCCAAAUGUUUCUUUUAGUUCCAUUUUUCAUUGUUGAUUGAUUUGACUGUUUAGUGUAGAGUUACUGUAGAAUAACUUUUCAACUCACAUGAUUGAAUUCUUCAUAAAUAUUUACCAACAAAACUUUAUUCUGAUCAUUUGAAUUUCUUCAAUUCUUAUAUAGACAGUAUGUGGCUUUGAUUAUUUUCUUACGCGCUACCCAAAAGAAUGAAUUGUUUUGAAGUCCCACUACAAUAAUAUUUUUAUCUACUUUCAGGUGUUUUUUUAUUAUGCUUAUGCAGUUUAAUAACUAUAAAAAAUAAGAACUAUUGUUUGUUAUGACGGUUUCAGCAGAGCAGCAGUAGUUCAUUAAAAGUUCUUUGCAGAGUUGUGAGCGGGACUAUUGCUAUGGUGUAGGCCCACCCCUACUUCCCAUCAUCCACCAGUAUACACUCGCUCCUAUUAGCUUACAGCCCCUCACACGCCCAACCUAACAUUGCCAGUGAAAACAAAAAUGGCAAGCAAUAUUGAAGCUUUCCAGCCGUACAGACGUCUGUAAGUGGAUUGAUCAGAGCAGGGAGCUGGUGGUCCAUCCAGAAUAUCUUCCACAUCCCACAGGUUCUUUUUGAAUGAAUGAAUGAAAAAUGUAUUAAUCCCAACAAGGAGAAACUCCGUUCCAGUACAUCUCGAUGAAGGUCAGACAAACAGCAACACAGGACACACAUCGAGAGGCUACUGAGGUUUUUUUUUUUUUUUUUUUUUUUUUAAAAACACAUUAUGUCCCCCCUUAAUUCACCAAAAUUUGAAUAAAGCUAAACUCAGGUAUGCUAUUUAAGCUUACUAUGUCCAUCAUCAGAAAAAGGCAUGUUAAAAACACCAGAAAUGCAAUUUUCAUUAUCUUUAAUGGUCAUCUUUCAUUCAUCUGUAAUGGUCCUGCACUUUAAAAGAUCAAUAAAAUUUAGUUGCAAGAUCUUCUGUAUGUUAAGGUUCUGUAUGUAGCUCGGUGCUACACCCAGGAGUCAAUUCAUGCGAAGAUAUAAUAAGACUAUUGACCACAACUGUACUCUCUGUAAACAACACUCAGAAACAGUCACCUGUUUUGGAAUUGUAAUAUCACUGUACAUUUUUGGAAACAAUGUACACGUUUUAUAAAUCAAAAAUGUGACUUAAUUUCACAGGAAAUUUGAAUAAAUCAUAUUUGGCCUACACGAAAAGAACACAAAAUCAAGCAUAAAAUUGACAAUUAAUCUAACUAUAAUUUUUGGUACGUUUCGUAUUCACAGAUCAAAAUUUUCUUCAUCACAACCAUUUUUCCCUGUAAUUAGAAUCUUAUUUACAUUUUAUUUCUAAUAACUUAAACAUAAAGGCCAUAUGUAUUUAUGAAAACUGUCUUUGAACAUUUUUAAUGUAUAGUAAUAGGUUUUGUAAUAUUUCUUUGUAAAACAUUGCAUUCUCAUUGUUAUGACUAUUGUUGUCAUGCGCAUUUGUUCUAUACGUUUUGAACAAUAAAGUCUUAUACAAAAAAGUU